AUGGCUUCAGUAUAUUAUUUAUUCGAUGAUGCCAUACACGUUGCUGAGUAUAUUGUUGAAAAAUAUUCCCAACAAGAUACAAAUCUAAAAGUCAAUCAUUGUGCAGCCAUAAUUAUACAAAGAAGCUACAGGGGCUAUGUUGUAAGGAAACUUCACAGGCAAAAAUUGAGGGCUGUGAUAAUUUUACAGAAAUACAUCAGAGGCUGGCUAGUAAGAUACCAUAUGCCAGAUUUCUUGCAAGAAGUUUAUGAUAGAAAAUGCUUAAAUUUGUACAAUAAAGCUGCCACGAAAAUUCAGUCAAUGUGGAGAGGUGUUUUAGUGCGUUUUGAAAUUGAUAUUAAGCAAAUGAUGAAAGAUAAAAAAUUAUUAAUGGAUAAGAUUCAAGGAUUACAUAUUUCUGAUAGUUUAGAUUCUCAAAAAAAGAGAGACAAGGAACCUACAAUAGAAGAAACCGAUGAAGAUGAGGAUAUGGUCGGUAGUGGUACUCUUUUUGGUCAAAAUUCAUUUUUACAAGCUCAAAUUAUCAAAAUGAUGUUUAAUAGACAUCAUUUGCUUAGUACCGAAAUGCGCCGAGGGGUUCUGGAUACAACUGAGGAACUAAAACAAAUCGAAAAAAUCCUCAAAACACUACCCUGGAAAAGUUAUAUGAAUAAUAAGCGAAGCCUGUAUUAUAAAUAUAGAAAAUAUGAGAAAUGUCAAAAGCCAGCCUAUCACUAUAACUUCACAGAUCCAAAAAUGAGAAAACAAGAGGACCUCAAUAGGCUUAGAGACAAAAGUCAUGAUUUAAAAGAAGAGUAUAUGGACAAUUAUGUUGAAGAUACUAAAAAACCAUUUAUUCUUCACUCAAAAGUCACGGCUCUGCCAUAUGAACAAAGUAUAAUGCGCCAAGGACAAUAUACUAAAAGAAACUCAGAAAUUACCAGAACAGAGGACAAAUCAAAAAAUAUCAGUGGGGAGGACUUUAUUUUAACACUAAGGGAUAUUGUUAGAAAAUCGAAAAUUCCGCCGUAUUAUGUUGACUUUUGGUACGAGGAAUGUUGGGCGCACAAUAUGGUGGAAUGAGUUUUUAAAAAGUACCUCCUACCUACCACCUAUACUUUCAAUGAAUAUUUAUUACAAAGAUGUAUAUUGAAAUUGAAAAAAAAAAAAUACAAUAAAAUCAUUGAUCCCGACUUUCUGUUUAAAAGAAAACUGUUUUUGGUAAUAUAAAAUGACUAACUAGACUAACUAUUUGGGUAGUCUAGUCAGCAGAAAUAUUUAUUUCUGCUAUGACCACUAUAUUGAUACUGCAAAAAUCACAACCUGGUAAUGGUAGGACACGAAAGAAGCAAACGUAUUUAUUCUCACGUUACUUUUUUUUAUUAUUAAAGUGACUAGUUCCGGGAACAAGAGUGUUUACAUCCUAUCAUAAGGCUAUUUUGACUAAUACUUAGAAUGAAAUUCUAGACUGAUGACUGUUUUCUCUUCG